CCUGCACUUCUCGUCUCCCGCCGCUAGUAGUCAGUGUUGGCCGCGAGGGGGAGUCUGACAGCGGCUGUGAACGAUAAACUUCCUGUAUGAAGAUCCGGUUCCUCUCUUCCACCGGUCCAAGUCAACAUGGGUCGAGUCAGGACCAAGACAGUCAAGAAGGCCGCCAGGGUCAUCAUCGAGAAAUACUACACCCGUCUGGGCAAUGACUUCCACACCAACAAGAGGGUGUGUGAGGAGAUCGCCAUUAUCCCCAGCAAGCCUCUGCGCAACAAAAUUGCAGGGUACGUGACACACCUGAUGAAGCGCAUCCAGCGCGGUCCAGUCAGAGGAAUCUCCAUCAAGCUGCAGGAGGAGGAGAGAGAGAGGAGGGACAACUACGUCCCAGAGAUUUCUGCUCUGGACCAGGAGCUCAUCGAGGUGGAUCCAGACACGAAGGAAAUGCUCAAGAUGCUGGAUUUCGGUGGCCUUUCCAACCUUCAAGUCACUCAGCCAACUAUUGGAAUGAACUUCAAGACACCACGAGGACUGUAGAAAUCACAUGCUGUGAUCCUCUUAAUAAAGAGAUGUAAUUAUUAAAAACAA